CGGUUUCAGCGCUUCGCCUGGUUGCGAGUCUUUCCAUUGCUCGACGCGCGAAGAUAACCACCUUGAUCAUCACACCACAGACGUGUCGAGGUGGUCACGAAGAGCGCGAAUGUCUUGCGUCUCGUCGCGGUCCAAGACAGGAAACCACCGUUGCAACCUUGGCUUCCAUAAAUCGCAGGAGAGCACCUUCAGAGCCCACGAUGCUGAACGGCGGCGCCCAUGGGGUGAAUGGCGGCAGCAAUGUCACCCCUUCCCCUGCUGAAGAGGAGAGCUUUUACAUCAAGUUGCUGGGCCUCGCCGAUACUGUGGUAUCUGGUAGACAUGCGCAGUUCAAGCUCCCGCCUGCUGCCAUCCAGCAGCUCAAAGCCAGUCUCGCGUUACUCAACGCGCCUGUCGCUGGUGCUCAGCAAGUUGCAGAGAGCAGUCUCGCCAAUGGCGUAGCAUACAUGGCGAACACGUCUACUAAUGCACAGCACUACCCGACGCCCACGACAUCCACGUUCCCUGGUCUGCCCGGCCUGCAGACUCAGCAGCCUCACACUGUGAAUGGCGCGCCCCCUUCGCUCGUCAAAGCCACCUCUGGCGGUCUCAACCCGAUCUUCUUGGAGAAGUCGGAAGUUUUGGUAAAAGCAGAGAACCGGCACAAGCGUCAGCACAUUGAGCGCGACCUGCAAGCUCAGGCUGCGCAGGCGCAAGGCAAGCGGCCCGGGCGCGACGAUCAGAGUGCGGAAGCCCCAUCGCUUGACAUGAACGCUAUUAUGCUUGCUUCGGCCGCUCGUGAAUUGCAUGUGUCUGGAUUGAAGCAGUCGGGCAGAGUGGACAGCGAAGCGAGGUCGUUUGACACCAACGACUACUACUCGAGCCAAGUCCAAAGUGACUGGUCCUCUCCCGAUAGCGCAAGUAAAGGUUCUGACCGCGCAGCAGGUGCCCUCCCAGCAGACUUCGAAAGCCUCGGAGGACCAAGUGCGCAGUCUUCUUUCGCUAAGACUUCUGUCAUGGGUAAGCAACCUGCUGUCGCUCGUGAUGACCACACACCCAAAGAUCAUGCCAGUGUAUACUCUGCUCCGCUUCGGUUUGCGUACGAAGUCGUGGACGAUGACGAAGACGAUGAAUACACGCCUCCUGAUGUAUCUGCGCUCGCGGGAUACGACGACGACGCAGGGCUGGAAGAAGGACAAAUCGGGUCCGAGGAUGACGAUGACUACGAGCCUGGCGAGGUCACAAUUGACAGUAACGUACCCACACCACCGCAGCCAGCGCGACAACUGCAGCAGUACUCUCCAAAGGUCAUUCGCAACCAUCUCACUCACAUCGCCGCACCACAACCAAACAGAGUGUCUCCGCUUGCCGUUGCCAAAGGUCCCAAUCUGGCAGGUGAACUUGAACUGGUCAACGGUUGUCCAGAGGUGGUCAGUACCAACUACAGCGCUCGCAACAAUGCCAAUGCUUCACGCUACAGUAGUGCUUCGCCGCAGAUUGGCACUGGGGGUGUUCACAACAAAAAGCGCCGAAAUAAGAAGCGGAAGCGAGACACUGAGCUGAAUACUGCAAAUGGUCGUGCUAAGAAGAAGCGCGAGAGACAGGCAGCACCUCCAUCACCAGUCUACAGCGGGCCUCGUGUCAAGGACGAGCCGAUGUCCCCUCCACCAUUUGCCGACGUGCCAGAGACUCGCACUUUUGCUCGGUAUGUGGACAGACCCGCGCAUUACCGGCCAGCUGAGAUUGAUCUGAUGUCUCCACGACACAUUCCUUUGCCACCGUCACCAUACGUGCCAGAGCCUCGGGCUUCGGGUCUACGACACGAGUAUGCUCAGCCAGCAUCGCCUUCUGCGGCCAGAAUGGGGUCUCCUCUAUCAUCCCGGCCGGUGCAAAGAGACACACAGGACCUGAGAAGAGUUGCCAGCAUGCAUUUCGCCCAGCGCCCGGCGUCCCCAACACAAAGGACAUACUCUCCUGCGCCUCAGCGUACUGCAUCCAUGGCUUACGGCGAUUCCAGAUUGUCUCAAGCACCAACUGACGUUCGAUACCAAGAGCCAAUUCGUGUACAGGAAUAUCACGAUCCCUAUGGCAGGAGACCGCAAAGUCCUGUUCAGAUGCCACCACCAACUGCUCCAAGGAAAAUUGUUAUUGAUCAAUAUGGCAAUCAGUAUUACGCUGCGGAACCCGAACCGGCACCUGCGCCACCACCGCCUUAUAGGGCUUCUGUGGCGCCAAUUGAUAGAAGACCACCGCCACCAGAGAUUGCAUAUGAACGUGCCCCUAGCCGCGCUGCGGCUGCAUAUGUUCCGCCCAGCUAUGAACGAAUUGAUGCGCGUAUGGCCCCCCCGCCAUCCAAGAGACGAGCUGUGGAGGAACCAUUAAUACAGUACGUGGACGCGAAUGGGUACCCUGUGCCUGCUCCAGAGUUCAGUAGGCCAGAGAUACGAUAUGUGGAGGCGCCUGCCUCCCCGGUAUAUCAACCUCCUCAGCCUCGAUAUGAAAUGCCACCACCGCCGCCUCGUUCCGCGCGUGAGCCAACAUCGCCCGUAUAUGCUGAGCCGACGUCUCCUGCAUAUGCGCCGAGCAGAAGUUACAGCGUGCGACCCGAUGUGCCACAUGUGCCUCAGUACACUCGACAGGCCAGCGUGGUGCCACAGCAGUAUGCUCGCCAGGCAAGCGUCGCUCCUCAACAUUAUGCACGGCCAGAGGUGGGCCAUGCACCCCCUGCGCGAGCUAUGAGUGUAGUACCCGGCUAUGAACAGCCGCGGGCACCGCUGUAUGCUUCUGCACCCCCACCGCAGCAGCAGGUGCGAUACGUGGAUCAGUACGGCAGAGAAGUCGUUUAUCAGAGCGACCCAAGACCGGCUCCUCCGCCAACUGAAUACAGAUACCAGUAGAAGCAUUCCAUCGAACAGAAGUUGUAACACUGCAGCAAGAACUUGAAGGUCAAUUGGGAUUUGGGUCGUGCAAAAUCUGGAGGUAGCAGCUCAGACGUGUGAUUACCUACCUUGAUGUUUGUGUACAGCGAAGCAUGGCAUAUGAUUGUGAGGAUGUCUGGCAUCAUAACUUAGGUAUUCUUCUGUACACUUGUUCUAGUUGAGGCUUGGGAGCCACACUUGCAUAUUGCAUACCAUGGAAUACAUCAGUCUGAAGCCGUGAUGCGUGAUCA